UCAAAAGGAAAUUCCAAAGCUUUUGUGAAUGGCCGCUAGGGUUUAAGAACCCGGCCUUAAACCCAAAACUUCCUCAAUCUCGGUCUCCUAGCUCUCUCAAGCCUCGAAUGUCUUUCCUCAAAUCGCUACCAUUCAAACCCAUCUUCGCAUGGUCAAAGAAGCCCUCCAAUUCUUGGCUCACCUGCGGCGAAUCUCCGGCUUUCCCUCCCCUUUCACCUGCAACAAGCUUGUCCACUCUCUCAUCAACUCCGGCUGCGGCGAGCUCUCCGCCAAAGUGCUUUUCCACUUUCUCUCCAAAGGGUAUACUCCUCAUGCAUCGUCUUUCAAUUCCAUCAUCUCCUUUUUCUGUAAAUUAGGGAACAUAAAAUAUGCCGAACGGAUUUUGAAUUCAAUGCCCAGAUUCGGGUGCUCGCCUGAUAUUGUGUCUUACAAUUCUCUGUUACAUGGGUAUUGUGCGAGUUAUAAGAUUAGAGAGGCUUGUUUUCUUGUUAAUAGAGUUCGUGGGGGUGUGUUGAAUCCUGAUUUGGUUAUGUUUAAUAUACUGUUUAAUGGGUUUGCUAAGGCUUAUAUGAAGAAUGAGGCGUUUAUGUAUCUGGGUUUGAUGUGGAAAUCCUGUUUGCCUAAUGUUGUUACUUAUGGUACACUUGUUGAUAUGUUCUGUAAGAUGGGGGAUAUGGAAGUGGGUAACAAAAUGUUUUUUGAUAUGAUGAAGGUGGGGGUUGUGCCUAAUUUGGUUGCUUUUAGCUCCUUGAUUGAUGGGUAUUGCAAGGCUGGGAGUUUGGAUGUUGCAUUUGGAUACUUAGAGAGAAUGCAACAAUGUUCGGUUCAGCCGAACGAGUUCACAUAUUCAACGUUGAUUGAUGGUUGUUGCAAGCAGGGGAUGUUGGAAAGAGCUGACUUUUUGUUUGAAGAGAUGUUGAGUGUUGGUAUUCUGCCUAAUUGUACGGUUCAUACUUCGAUAAUAGACGGACAUUUUAAGAAGGGAAAUGUAGACAAUGCGUUGAAGUAUAUAAACAGGAUGUUCGAUCGAGAAAUAGGACUCGAUCUAACAGCAUAUACGGUAGUUAUCUCGGGCUUCCGUAGAGUUGGUAGGUUGCAUAAGGCAAUGGAAGCUGCAGAAAAUGUGGUGAAGAAUGGAUUACUUCCUGAUAGGAUAAUACUAACAGCUAUUAUGGAUGUGCAUUUCAAAGCUGGAAACUUAAAAGAAGCUUUGAAUGCGUACAGAAUAUUACUCGCUAGGGGUUUUGAGCCUGAUACCGUGACUCUAUCCACUCUAAUAGAUGGUCUAUGCAAGAACGGAUACUUGCAGGAGGCUAGACGGUACGUGGUCAAAGAAAAGGCCAAUGAAAUUCUAUAUACAGUGCUUAUAGAUGCACUGUGUAAGGAGGGUAAUUUAGAUGAAGCUGAGAGAACCAUUAAGGAAAUGUGUGAGGCAGGGUUUGUUCCUGAUAAAUAUGUGUAUACUUCUUGGAUUGCAGAGCUUUGCAAGCAAGGAAAUUUGCUCAAGGCUUUCACGGUCAAGAAAAGGAUGGUUCAAGAGAACAUUGAACCUGAUUUAUUAACCUACAGUUCCCUGAUUGGUGGUUUGGCGGAGAAGGGACUAAUGAUAGAAGCCAAACAGGUUUUUGAUGACAUGUUAAAUGCAGGAAUCACUCCAGAUUCUGUUGCUUAUGACAUCCUUAUAAGAGGGUAUCAUAAUCAGGGUAAUGUAGUUGCGAUUUCAGGUCUACACGAUGAAAUGAGAACGAGAGGAAUUGUUAUUGAACAUUAAUACACGAGAUUCGAUGCCGGGUCUAAUCCUUCAAUUUAUACCGGAACCUUCCUUACGAGAAGCCAAGAGGCAUGUGAUUGGCAUCAGACGGUAUCGAAAUUAGAGAGAUUCCAAGUCAUAUAUUCCUCCAUAUAUUGCGUUGCUUAUUGCAGGUUUCAAAUGCUCCCAAAGGUUUUAAAUCAUGCUGUUCACAUGUGGGUCAUCGACAUAAGGUGCUGUUUCGAUAUCUACUAUCGAUCACAUAUUUGGUGCUUCUUCUCCUCUUGCUGAGUAGCUGCAACAUGAGAUCUGGGAAUAGACAUGACAUUGCUUGAGAUGGCACCUGAUGGUUGCUGUAGUGUUGGAGAAUUUCAAGUCGUCAGCUGCUACUGAAGAAAAAUACCUAUUCUUGCAAGCCAGAGCUUUCUAAAUCUUUAUUGAAUCCAUUGAAGAUUUGUAGUAAACCCAAAUAAACACCACACACACAUAGGAAUUGUUGCUUAUGAAGAAUCUCUCAAUCGAAAUAGAAUUAUCCAUUGAAGGUUGAUC